CACUCACUCUUAAUUCCAUCAUGGGUAGGAGUCCUUGUUGUGACAAAGAACACACAAUCAAAGGUGCUUGGUCCAAAGAGGAAGACCAACGCCUCAUCAACUACAUCAAGGUUCAUGGCGAAGGCUGUUGGAGAUCUCUUCCCAAAGAAGCAGGCUUGCUUCGAUGUGGCAAAAGCUGCAGACUCAGAUGGAUUAAUUACCUCAGACCUGAUCUCAAGAGAGGGAACUUCACCGAAGAAGAAAAUGACCAAAUCAUUCGCCUCCACCGUUUACAUGGAAACAAAUGGUCUCUGAUAGCAGCAAAAUUACCUGGAAGAACAGAUAAUGAGAUAAAAAACUAUUGGAACACUCACCUCAAGCGCCUACUCCAUGUCCGUGGAAUAGACCCCACAACCCAUAAAUCACUCAAGGACACCGCAACUUCCUCUAAAGCCGCUGCCACCACCACAAGUCCAACACCUAAUACUCCAGUGCCUGUGGUCAACACCACAAGCCAGAAGAACACUAAAAACAGCAGUAUUAACAGUAGCAGCAGCAGCAACAACAUUAAGAAUAACUACAGUUUUCACUACUUCAAUGUUUAUCUCAAUUCGAAGGUACAGAUUAUAACUAACUCAGCUGGUGAAGACUCAAAUAGUAGCAGUGGUGUUACCACAGAGGAACCUUAUCCUCAACUCAGCCUGGAGCUUUCCUUAGCCCCACCCUCUGAUCAGCCCCAAGUUUCUGAUUCUAUGAAUUCAGAUAUGCUAAAACCACAAGAGCAACAAGAACAGCAAGGUAGCCAAUGUAUGUGCCAGUGUUACAAUCUAGGGUUGCAAAGUGACCAAGCUUGUGGCUGCAAAGCCAUGGGUUCUGGUGCUGCUAUUACAGUUAUUUCAACUGUUACUGACAAUAACCUGUGUGACUAUGAGUGUACCGAUUUUAUGGGGGCCAAGAAUAUGAAUAUUUGAGGUUCAGAAAUAAGACUUAUAGGAUAGAGUCCUUAUAUGUAACGUCGCUAGUGCUUGUAGUUAGCAAUGAACAAGGACGGUAGUUGCAGAUUUUCAUAACUUUUUUUAGAGAUUUUUU